AAACUCACAUCGCGUGAUUGCAGAAACCGCUAAAAGUGUUACAAAAAUGUCAUAUUAUUACCAUAUUUUUUUAUUUACCAUUUUAAAACUAACUUAUGGACAAGAAACCCCAUAUACUCUUGUGUCGAGGGUAGGUUGGCGAGCAAGACUGGCAACACAAACUCAACCAUUAAAACUUCCAGUUCAAAUAGUUGUUGUACACAACACUGCUACGAGUCCGUGUCUGGAUCAAGAAUCAUGUUCUUCUAUGAUGCGGAAGAUUCAGAAGCACCACAUGGAUUUUAAGGGGUGGUGGGAUAUUGGAUAUAGUUUUUGUAUCGGAGGCCAAGGGGACGUGUACGAGGGUCGUGGCUGGAAGUAUAUGGGAGCCCAUGCUCUGCGCUUCAACGAAUACAGCGUAGGAAUUGCUUUGAUUGGCAGUUGGACUGUCGAGCUACCUACUAAAGAACAAUUGGAUACUUUGAAGAUUAUAAUAGAUCAUGGCGUGCAACAGGGUCAUAUAGACCCAGAUUAUCUGCUAGUUGGACAUCGGGAUAUUAGAGACACACACUGUCCAGGAGAUACUCUGCAAGCCGAGAUAUCUCAAUGGCCACAUUACUACCUGAACUAUAAUGGGACAAUACAAUUAUGAUGGUCUAAGUAAUUUUUUACACGUUAAACGCCAAAGGGACCACGUAAGACGAUUUGCCUUCAACAGUUUUUAUUGGCAAUCGAACGCUGAAAAUUGUUUUUGUAUUAAAAUGUUGAUUUGCCCUAUUUUAAUAAAAUACAGAGAAACGGCCUGGAUGUCGG